AUGGCUGUCGCGAUAAAAGAAUGCCUGGAGCUCCAGCUGCUGGAAGUGGAAAUGCUCCUUUCAAUGUUUCCCAAAAAAGGUGAAAUAAAUCUGGAUGAGGAUGCUGUGCCUGCCGUCCAGCGAUACCUGAGAAAUGCUGAUGGAGCUCUGCCCCCACAGCUCGAAUAUUCAAUUGCUCUUGAUGUAGGGGAGGCCAAGGUAAAAGUGGAAUUGCAGGUACUGCUGCCUCAUAUGUAUCCUCACGUAGCUCCUCAGCUUUUUGCAAGAUCAAAUGCACUGCACAGACAGCAACAGUUGCAGCUCAACACCGGUCUUGCUUCUCACAUCAGCUCCUUGGAUUCAAGUGAACUGCGUAUAUGUGAAGCUGUGCAAUGGGUGAAAGACAACAGCCUGACUUACCUGGAAAACACUAAGAUCUCUUCUGAAAGUGCUCCGAAAGAAGUCGUCGGUAAAGAAACGUUGCAUCGCAUGUGGAUCUACAGCCAUCAUAUAUAUAGGCAGGAAUUAAGGAAAAAGAUUUUUGACUGUGCAAAGAACUUAAAUCUGACUGGCUUCUGCCUAACAGGGAAACCUGGUGUCAUCUGUGUGGAGGGACUCAGAGAAAACUGUGAAGAGUUCUGGCGUGUUAUUAGGUAUCCCAACUGGAAACAUAUUUCAUGCAAGCAUGUGGAGAAUAUAGAAACGGAGGGAAGCAUCGAUAAUCUUCGUCUCUUUCCUGCUUUUGAAGACCUACAGUUUCAGGCACAUGGUGAUUAUGGCCUGAGGAAUGACUACCACAUGGAUCUUGGCCAGUUCCUAGAAUUCCUGAAACAACAUCAAAGUGGAAAUAUUUUUCAGAUUUUAUUUGGUGUUGAGGGUAAACUUUCAGACAAAUAA